GGGUGGGGAAUAAUAGAGCUCAGCCGGACUUCGGGGUAGAGGCGUGGACCGGCGUGUGUCAAAAGCUACAGUGACCCUUCCCAGCCCGAGUCCGUGAGCCCCGGGUGGACGGGCUCCCGGGACUGCGUUCUUGCGGGUCGGGGAUCGGGCGAUGCAGGGGCUCUGCAGGUGUGGCGACCCGGAGCUCAUCCACCAGUGGCCGGAGCGCACAAGUGUUUAAUGCCCUCUGGGGUGUGGAAAGAGAACCAGGUUUUACUGAAGGUCUGAAUUGUUGCCGGUGGAAUGCUGCCUGCUUUUCCAAAGGUGUCUAGCUUUAACCCCACAGCAACCCUGUAAGUCAGGUUUUCAAACUAUGGGUUGAAACCCAGUACGGUCGUGAGUAUGGGUGAUGAAAUCUGUUCAGUUAGUAAAGACUAGUAUUUUUAUUUGCCAGUGCUUUUUAAAAGUUGGGUUAUAAUUUACGUAGAAUAAUUUGCACGUAACUUACAGAGAAUAAAAAUGUAAAAAUUGUUGUAUACACCCAUUUAACAACCACACCAUCAAAAUACAAAACAUUUUAAUCCCCCAGAAAGUUCUGAACCUUCCCAGUCAAUCAUUCCCCCCGUAUGCUGAGAAACAACCAGUUUUCCACUUUCUACAGGUUAAUUUUGCCUUUAUAGAACAUCAUAUAAAUGGAAUUCUAUAGUAUGUACUCUUGUAUGUGAACAUUUAAAAAAAUAAAAUACUGUAAAAUAUCACAUAUGUAUCCCAUGUAAUAAGCACUGUUUUAUGAAACUUACUAUAGCUACAUAUGUAUUUUUUUCAAUGACUAUUUUUUUGAGCAUCUAUGAGCCAAACACUUUCCUGGUGCUGGCUAUUGACUAUUCAGACAAAAAUCCCUGCCUUUACGAAAUUUUAGUUUUAGUUAAGUAGAGACAGUCAAUAAACAAUAAGCAUAAUAAAUCAGUAAAUUAUGUAGUAUACUAGAAGGUGAUGUGUUAUACACAAAGAGAAAGUAGAUCAGGGUAAGGGAAAUGGGAGAAGGGUUAAUUUUAAAUUAGGUAGACAGGGAGCCCUCCUUGGUAUCUGACGAAAGUCUUGAUGAAAUAGUGGAAGUGGGUGCUGGCCAGAGGGAACGGCUAGCAUGGACGUGAGUGUGCACACACACACACAAACACACACACACACACCUACAUUAACAUUAGGUUGUUUUGUAAAAUAUAUUUGUUAGCUUAAUUUAAAAAGGGGUGGGUGGGUAAAGUCACUGGUACAACACAGGUAUUAUUUCCAAUUUUACUGAGGCUCAGGAAGGUGAAGUGACUUGCUCAAGGUCAAAUAGACAGCAGGUAAAUUCAAGCCCAGAUAUUUGUUUCCAACUCUCCUACUUUUUACAACAUGUCUCCCAGCCUAAAACACAGCAUUUGACUGAACUCUGCUCCUCCUCAGCUUAAACCACAGGGACCUGCACCUCAGUUCCCCUGGGGCAGAUUCCAGACAGACUGUUGAAUGAAUCUCACCAUGUGGACACUAUAUUUCCAAGUCUAUAGAUGUCUUUGCCUAGAUCCUUGGUCCCACUGAGAACCCAAUACUGGUGCAUCCUACUUUCAAACUGUAGCCUAUCUGUAGUCCUACAGCCCUGGUUGGAGUCCACAGAACACAUGACUAGAGGGUCAGAGAAGGGUGUACAUCAACUACCACUUACAUUUUGAUAAAUUUCUGACAACAUCAUUUUUGAUGAUUACAAAUUUACUUGGGGGGUAUAUAUCUAUUUGACUAACCAGUUCUUUAAUUUGCUCCAACUUUAAGUUUGUUAAAAAGUGCUACAACAGAUAUCCUUGUAGCUAAAUCUUAGUGCAAAUCUGUGGUUUUCUCUCAAUGAAUUCUGGAGGACCCCGGGGGAAAUUCUCCCACAGUGGCUUCUUCAACCCAACUGUUGAGGCAGCUGUGUAUGGGUUGGUAUGCUCACCUGUGUCAGGGUUUAUUACACCAGUGAUUCUGGAAUCUUCAAGUCAUACCUGGUCUCACAUGGCUCAUUCUCUUAAACCUAUCUCUGUCUUCAUAGAUCUCUGCCUUCACCCAAGGGUUACAGAAAAUGACCAAGUCCCAGAUCAUUGUAGUUGGAAUAGAAAUGUGUCGUUACAGAGACCAGUAACAUUCAAGGACGUGGCUGUGGAUUUCACCCAGGAGGAGUGGCAGUAUCUGGACCCUCCCCAGAGGGAUCUGUACCGGGAUGUGAUGCUGGAAAACUAUAUCAACCUCAUCUCAGUGGGUGAGGACCGUUUCCCAGUGUUGAUUGGAUAUAAAACCACCAAGCCUGCUCUGAUCUACAAAUUGGAACAAGGAGAAGAACCAUGGAUGGUGGAGAGAGAAAUCUCAAGUUGGAGAUACCCAGAAAAAGUCUGGCAAGUUGAUGACCACAUGGAGAGGCACCGAGAGAACCAAGGAACACUUUUCAGGCAUGUUGCAUUCAUUGACCAGAAAACUGUGACGGAGGAAAAGCAUAACAAUUGUAAUGCACAUGAAAAUAGAUGUCAUCUUAGCACAGCCUUUGUUUCUUCAAAACAAAGACUCCAAAGACAUGACCCGUAUGGUAGAAGUUUUAACUAUUUAGACUUAUUUAGUGGUAACAGAAGAUAUGUAAGAAAAAAUGAAUGUAGUGAAUGUGGGAAAGCCUUCUUCCAGAAGUCAGACCUCAUUAUACAUAAGAGAACUCAUACAGGAGAAAAGCCCUUUGUAUGUACUGAGUGUGGUAAAGGCUUCAGCAAGAAAUCAAAUCUCGUUAUACAUCUGAGAAUCCAUACUCUAGAGAAACCUUAUGAGUGUACUGAAUGUAGAAAAGCUUUCUCCCAUAAAUCACACCUCAUUGAACAUCAGAGAAUUCACACUGGGGAGAAACCCUAUGAAUGUAAUGAGUGUGGGAAAGCCUUUUUCCAAAAAUCACACCUCAGUAUUCACCAGAGGACUCAUACUGGAGAGAAACCCUAUGUGUGUGAUGAAUGUGGGAGAGCCUUCAGCAUGAAGUCACACCUCUUUGUACAUCGGAGAAUACACACAGGAGAGAAACCUUAUGUGUGUACCAGGUGUGAGAGAGCUUUCAGUGAAGUGUCCUGCCUUAUUAGACAUAAGAAAAUCCAUACUGGGGAGAAACCUUAUGAAUGUAAUGUGUGUAAAAAAGCCUUUUCUGAGAAGUCUGACCUCAUUAUACACCACAGAGCUCACACAGAAGAAAAACCCUAUGAAUGCAAUCAAUGUGGGAAAGCCUUCAGACAUAGCUCAGCCCUCUGUCGCCAUAAGAGGACUCAUAAAGAAAAAGUUUCUUAAAAGAGAAACUAAUGUGGGAAUAUCUUCAACUAAAAAUUACAGUGACAGAAAGCCUUCAUUAGAAAUCAAACCUUAUUAUGUAUCAAGAAGUCUUAAGAAGAAGCCUAUUAAUUCAACAAAUUUAGAAAAGUAUGUAGCUAUGUUUCUGUAGAAAUCAUAUUUCAGAUGUGAUGCCAAAGUAUUUCUAGAAGAUAUUACAGAAAGUACACCUCCUUGUUAAAGGAUACAUGCUUACUGUGGACUACAAAGACUUUUGAAAUAUUAAUAAGUUGGCUAGUCAAAACAAAAUUAGAAAAUCAUAUAUGGACAGUCUGCAAAAUAUGAAAGCAUUAUAUUCCAAACUGUUCUACAUUACAUUAUGCACCACAUAACGUAAAUCAUAUAGGUAUUGGAAUUGCUUACGUGAAGCUAACAAUUACGAAUAUAAAAUAAGCAUUAUAUAUGUAGAAUGCCAUUACCAAUUAUUUUCCACAUUAAAUAAUACUAUUUUUUCUUUUUUUUAAUUUUUAAAUUUUUUUAAUUUUUUGGCUGUGCUGCACAGCUUGCAGGAUCUUCAUUCCCCAACCAGAGAUUGAACCCAGGCCAUGGCAGUGAAAGUGCAGAGUCCUAACCACUGGACCACCAGGGAAUUCCCUAUUUUUUCUUCUUUUAACAAAGUAUGAAUUGUAACAAAACAUAGGGCAUCCUAAAUAAGAAUUCUAAAGUAUAAAAUAAACUUUUUUCCUGUUGUUUGUUGGCAUAUAUAAGACUCCUGCUACCUCUUGAUCAGUGAUAAGAGUAUGUAAAUGUAUUGUUAUUUACAUAAAGUAUAUAUGAGAUAGAUAUCAUAUGAGAGUGAGCAAAAGAAAGUAGCCAUGGCCUCUUACAACACUCACUACAAUUUAAAUAGUUGUUUUUGGUGACUAAAUUACCCCCCCUUUUUUUUUUUUUUUUUUUUUUUGCAGUAUGCAGACCUCUCACUGUUGUGGCCUCUCCCGUUGCGGAGCACAGGCUCCGGACAUGCAGGCCCAACUGCUCCGCGGCAUGUGGGAUCUGCCCACCCCAGCUCCAUGUUACAGGAGCUCAAUUUUAGUCAGCUCCAACUGAGAAGACUUGGGCUCCCGUUCCCAGCCUAGCUGUUUCUUAUACAGUAGCUCUACCCAAGACAAGGUAGGCCAAGAAUACUGGGGCCCUGAUCCACCCCCCUCCAGGCUUUAUGUUUGUAGGGCAAAUGUUCCACGCCAGGGGGUGAUGGGGGACCGAAAGCUGAAAGGACAGCAGGCUAUUUUCCAAACUCCCAUUUACAGAGCAGAGGUUCCAUACGGGGAGGAGUAAAUCAAAAAGACCUCGGGCUUCCAUUUCUCCUCCCAAAUCCCACUUGCAGGGAGGAGUUUCCAUGCCAAGAGGAGAAACCGAGAAGCUUCCUCAGCUCCAAUGCAAUAGUGUAGACAUCUGUCCAGGGAGAGAGGCAAGAGGAAGGACUGGAAGCUCCAGAGCUCCACAGAGGGACCUGACUUUAUUUAGUACACAGUGUGAAGGAAUGCUUGACUUCAGACAUUGUUGAAAACAGAGAUCUUAGUGGCAAGCAAUUAGAAUUCUAUUCCAUAAAAUAAGUAGCAACAAAUGAAAUAGCAGGCCACCUGAAAGUUUAACAGAGGGAACCAGAGAAAUAGCUUAAAAAGUGCCCUGGAAGAUCACAGUUAUCCCUGUCUGGAAGGCUGAGCACACAUCUAGGUUUCACACUCAGAACCAACCAGAGCAAGCACUUGAAAGGUAUAGUCACUAACAGAACAUAGGCCAGACUUGAAAGAAUUCUCUAAGUCACACACAGAUCCAUUAGCAGAGAGUGGAAGCUUUACUGGCUCAAGGAACUUAGGGACACCUCUGACCAAUCACUGGCUGAACAUUACAAUAAUUUGGGCCCAGGGGUGACUUCUUGGAAGCCAGGCUUGGGGUGGGAGAUGGGGGAACUGAGCAGUAACAUCAGAGAUUAUACACGGUGGAGGAAAAUAGACGUCACAAGAUUAGUCCAGGCAAGGUACUUUAAAAAACUAACAAAAUAAAACAGAGCAAAUUCACAAGCCCUGAAGGGGAUGUGUCAGAACCCAAAGUUCCUACAAUAUAGUAUCUCAAAAACUAUGAGAGAUGCAAAGAAACAGAAUAGUAUAUCCCUUGUACAGGAAAAACAGUGGCAAUAGAAACUACCUUUGAGGAGGCCCAAAUGUUAAACUUUUAAGGCAAAACUCCCAAAAAAGCUAUUAUAAAUAUGUUCAAAAGCUAAAGGAAACUAUGUUCAUGAAAGUAACUCAUGAAUAGAGAAUGUUAAUAGAUAAAAUUAUUUGAAAGAACCAAACGAAUUCUGGAGUUGAGAAGUACAAUACCUGAAAUAAAGAUUCACUGUAGGGGAUCAACAGUAGAUUUAAGUUGGCAGAAGAAUGAGUGAAUUUGAAAAUAGACCAUUAGAGAUGAUACGAUCUGAGAGCAGAGAGAAAAAAAGAAUGAAGUAAAAUGAACUGAGCAGACUUCUGGUUUCUUAUCUGACAGAAAAAUCUUAGAAUUUGUCACUAUCAUCUUCACAACCAGAAAAAAAAAAUCUGAUAAAGUUGGAAAUCAACAAUUCUUCUCACUUCCUGUAGAGAAUUUAGGUUACAGGACAAACUCCUUCCCUGAAAACUAGAGAAAAUGGAAGAUACUGAGAGGUUACUAGGAACAAGCUCACCAGAGGAGCCAGUAUAGGUAGGAACACUUAGAUUGUAAUUGAUGGAUGGCUGGAGACUCAGCGUGAAGUAGACUGAGAGUUAAAAACUCUGAGGGUUCAGUCUUAGGGGGACCUCCACACUUUCAUGAGUCAUCUCCAGGAACCCCCCCCCAAGUUCUUCAGGUAACAAUCAGAAAAAAGUUCCUUCCUGCCUCUGACAGAGGGAGCAAAAAUGUAACCAUUUUGAAAUAAACCCAGAGGAUUCUGUUCUUUUUAAGAUAGGACUUGCAUCCAAAGAAACUGUUUUCACUAGAGCCUAAGGGAAGAACUAUUUUUAAGAAGGGGAUUGCAUCAAAACAAACUAUUUUAACUUGAGGGAAGGAAAAUAUUCCACUACGCCCCUCUCUAGUCUUUGACAUGGAGGAAAAGAAAUAUCCAACACGGGCCCCCUUUAACCUUCAUGUCUCACCUGGGGGGCAGGAGAAGCUAAGAACACUUGUAAAAGUCACAGCCUCACUAAAAGACUGGCGCCUAAUCAUAGGAUUAUAGAAUGCUCUCCUCCCUCCACAUCUUACCAUCACAUCAGUCAACCUGUAUAAUAACAGUGGGUUGCAGCUAAAAUAACUGCAAAGCUCAGAUGCUAUUUGAGCAGAAGUGUUUAGAGAAAACUAAAGAUAACACAGGAGACAAAAAUAAGGACACCGGAGGAAAUUUUACCUCUCACAUCUACAGCUACAGCAAACAAAAAACUCGGCCAAACUGCUAGCCAGGUAAACAUAAAAUUGGUGUUGGAGAAUUAGUGUAGAAAAAACCUGCACAUUUGGCGUCAGGAGUCGUGUCAGAAAAAAGAUACCAGACCCUUCAAAAGUUUAAGGAGAAAUGCUCUCUCAAAUAAAAUUUGAGGUGCCAGUAGACCUGUCUUGCAAGAAAGGUUAAAAUAUCUCCCCAGAAAGAAGGAAAAUGAUAGAGGUCAGAAACUCAAGAUCUCGGGACUUCCCUGGUAGCACAGUGGUUAAGAAUCCACCUGCCAAUGCAGGGGACACGGGUCCGAUCCCUGGUCCGGGAAGAUCCCACAUGCCGCAGAGCAACUAAGCCCAUGCGCCACAACUACUGAGCCUGCACUCUAGAGCCCAUGAGCCACAACUUCUGAAGCCCGCGUGCCUAGAGCCCUUGCUCUGCAACAAGAGAAGCCACGGCAAUGAGAAACACGGGUACCGCAACAAAGAGUAGCCCCAGCUCGCCACAACUAGAGAAAGCCGGCGUGCAGCAAUGAUGACCCAACGCAGCCAAAAAUAAAUAUAUAAAAGAAAAGAAAAGAAACUCAAGAUCUACGUAAGGGAAGGAAGAGUGUUGGAGAAGGAAUAAAUUAAGGCAAAAUACAAUUUUUUAUUUUCCUUAGUCUUAAUUGAUCUAAAUAAUAAGUUUGUUCAAAAUAAUGGCAGUAUAUUGGUUGAUUACAGCCUAUGGGUAAGUGAAAGGAAUGACAGCAAUGUCAUAGGGAUGGGAGGGAGGAAUUAUCUUUUACUCUGUGUCUUUAUAUUUAAGUGAGUUUCUUGUAGGCAACAUGCAUUGCUUGCUGGUGGGAAUGUAAAAUGAUGCAGCCACUUUGGAAAACACUCUGCAAGUUCCUCAAAUGACCAAACAUAGAGUUACCAUAGCACCCAACAACUCCACUCCUAUGUAUAUACCCAAGAGGAAAGAAAACAUAUGUUCAUGUAAAACCUUGUAUACAAAUGCUCAAAGCACUACUCUUCACAAUAACUAAAAGGUAUAAACCACCUAAAUGUCCACCAGCUGAUGAAUGAAUAGCAAAAUGUGGUAUAUCUAUGUAAUGGAAUAUUAUUCGCCCAUAAAACAGAAUGAAAUACACAACACAACAUAGAUGAAGCUUGAAAACAUGCUAAGUAAAUGAAGCCAGUCACAAAAGACUAUGUGUCACAUGAUUCAAUUUAUAUGAACUGUCCAGUAUAGACAAUUCUGCAGAGACAAAGAGUAGACUAGUGGUUGCUUAGGGUUGGAGGCGGAGAUGAGGAGAUGAGGGGAUUAUGGCUAAAGGAUAUCAAAUGUCUUUCUGAGGUGAUGAAAAUGUUCUGAUGUUGACUGUGGAGAUGGCUGCACAUGUCUGUAAAUAUACCGAAACCAUUGAAUUUUAUACUCUAAAUGGGUGAAUUGUGUGGUGUGUGAACUAUAUCUCUAUAAAUCUGUUUUUAAAGAUUGAAGUGUUGGGUCUAUAACAUAUAGAGGUAUAAUAUAUUUUACAGUGCAAAGGAAGGGAGAAAGAAAGAAGUUCUAGGGGAGUAAGGAUGUGACAAUAGGUGGUAACUUGAAACCACAGGAAGAACUGAAGUGUACCAGAAAUGAUAAACGUUUGGGGUUUUUUUUAAAGAUUAUUUGUGUGCAUCCUUUCUUCUCUUGGUUUCUUCAAAAAACAUAAAAUUAGGGACUUCCCUGGUGGUCCAGUGGUUAAGACUCGGCACUUCCACUAUGCCGGGGGCAUGGGUUCGAUUCCUGGUCGGAGAACUAAGAUCCCACGUGCCCCGUGGUGCAGCCAAAAGGACAUAAAAUUAUAUAAAGCAACAAUUAUAACACUGUACUGUUGGGUUUUAACAUACAUAGACAAAAUAUAUAUUAAAUAGUAGCACAAAAGUGGGCAGAGUGGAGCAAAUUUUCUAUAUAUCACUGGAAUUAAGUUAGUAUUAAUCUGAAGGAAAUUAUGAUACAGAGAGAUUGUCUAAAUCCUAGAGCAACAAAUAACAAAUAGUUUAAAAAUCAAUAGAUACUCAGCCCUCAAAAAUGGAGAGCCUAACUUCUCAGUCCUUACGUGUAUGCUAUGCCUAGCGAUUUCCAAAGUGAAUAGUAUGGAAAGAAAUGGGGAAAUAGUAACUUUACAGUGGAGAAACAUGGACCAACACUACCUUAGACAGAUGACCAAUGUCAAUAUCAACACUGAUAAGUCAUGUUGAUAGCAUGAACCCUUGAUAUAAUAUGAUGAAAUGGUGCUUUACCUCUGUGGUCUUCCUCCCU